AUGGCAUCAAACAAUACUCCUAACAGUCAGGCUCAAUCCUAUUUUAGCCUUCUUAACUUCCCAUAUGACAGCUUUGCUCCCAAUGUAAACACUGGUUCGUCUCAAAUCCCUGCUUUUAGUUCGGAAACUAGUUCACAGCCGACUCAACCUCCUAGUCAAUCAGAAGAGACAGCAAAACAACGUAGGGAGAGACGGUUAUGGUCUUCAGAAGAUGACUUAGUCCUGAUAAGCGCCUGGUUAAACACAUCGAAGGAUGCAGUAGUUGGGAAUGGCCAAAAGGCAGGGUCCUUUUGGAUCCGUAUAGGAGACUAUUACGAAACAAGUAGUCAUGUACGUGGUGGUGCUGAGCCUAGGUGCCCUGACCAUUGUAGACAAAGAUGGCAAAAAAUCAGUAAGGAAGUGAGCAGGUUCUGUGGAGCUUUUGCAGAGGCAGAGGGUGAGAAAGCUAGUGGCAUGAACGAUGUAGACGUUUUACAAAAUGCUCACCAAAUCUACACGAAGCUGUACAAGAAGAAGUUUGCUUUGGAGUAUGCUUGGAGUGUGCUACGCUUUGAACAGAAAUGGGCAAACCUGGAGACUAUGAACCCCACUCCAAAGACAACCAGCUCGAGCAAAAGGAAAGCUGAUGAUGCUGCUGGAUCGACAGGUUCUGUCGUUGGUGAGCACGAGAGCAGGCCUCCGGGCAUAAAGGCAACAAAAAAAGUAAGGAACAAAGGCAAAGAGAAGGCUACACCAUCUGCAGAGUUUAGUCACAUGUGGGAGAUAAAACAGAAGGAUUUAGAGGGCAUGAAACAACUCCAAAAUAUGUCCAUUCUUGACACUCUCAUUGCCAAGAAUGAAACCCUAGACGAAGAUGAAAAAGCAUUGAAGAAGAAGCUAAUGGCGGAACUGUUUUAA